AUGGCUACCACGACAGAUGUCAAGAACUACAAGUUCAACCACUCGAUGAUCCGAGUGAAGGACCCCAAAGCUUCGAUCAAGUUCUACGAGACCCUCGGCAUGAAGGUCAUCAGGAAGAUGCCGCAGCCCGAGGCCAAGUUCGAUCUGUACUUCCUGGCCUACGACUCGCCCAACGCGCUGUCGGCGGGCAAGGGCGCCUUGGACCGUGAGGGCAUCAUCGAACUGACGCACAACUACGGCACCGAGAAUGAUCCGGAGUACAAGACCAAUAACGGCAACACGGAGCCGCACCGCGGUUUCGGCCACACGUGCAUCAGCGUCGACAACAUCCAGGCGGCGUGCCAGCGCCUCGAGGACGCCGGCUACGCGUUUAAGAAGAAGCUUACUGAUGGCAAGAUGCGCCACAUUGCGUUCGUGCUGGACCCGGACCAGUACUGGGUCGAGAUCAUCGGACAGAAGCCGAUUGAGCAGACGGAGAAUGCCAAGGAGACGGAUGUGACCACGUACAGAAUGUAUCAAGAGGGGCAAGAAAAGCUGACAGAUGAGCAGAACCACACGAUGCUCCGCGUCAAGGAUCCCCAGAAGUCGCUCAAGUUCUACCAGGAUGUCCUCGGCAUGUCGCUGAUCCGCAAGAACGAGUCCAGCGAUUUCACGCUCUUCUUCUUGGCUUACGGCGACCUCAAGGAGGGCGAGAGCCAGGCGCAGCGCGAGGGCAUCCUCGAGCUGACGUGGAACCACGGCACCGAGAAGGACGAGAGCUUCAGCUACCACAACGGAAACGACCAGCCCCAGGGCUUUGGUCACAUUUGCAUCUCGGUCGAUAACAUUGACGCCGCAUGCGCGCGUUUCGAGGACUUGAAGUGCAACUGGAAGAAGCGCCUUACCGACGGCCGCAUGAAGAAUAUUGCGUUCCUGCUGGACCCUGACAACUACUGGAUUGAGGUUGUUCAGAAUGAGAGCUUUUAA